ACUGGCCUUACACUCCAGUACAGUAGGUGGCGGGGUAUGCACCUUAAAAGUUGGAUGCGAUCCGCCAACCCAAUCCCGAAGCAGAAGAAGAAGAAGAAGAAGAAUAGUGCAACGACCAGAAAGAAGAGCAGUCCAUGGCUUCUUCAGACGUCUUUGUUGCUGCUGCUCGCAAAUGUCUACGAGUUGGAAAUAAACGCUUCUCUGCCACUGUGAGUCUGAACCUGGCUACUCAGGUCCUGGCUGUGGACUUGGGCCUGAAGCCCGCUCUGCUAUAUGACAGUAAUACAGCAUCUGCAGAGCAGGUCCAACAGUAUUUAAACUCUCUGCAGGCUGCACAACUUGUGUCUAAAUCUCUCCAGACAGUGGUCAUCAGUGAGAAUUCCUUGAUUGUGAACCCAUCCCUAACUAUAGCAAACUUGGAGGCACUUCUCUUGAGGAGGACUGUGACUGUGGUGGAUGUAUGUCACUCAUUGGAGCAGCCUGCCAUCACUGAGCUACAGUGGGGAGCCAUCAGGGACAUGAUUCAUGCUUUACUUGCUCAUAUUAGACAGUUUGGGCAACAUUCUGCGAUGAGAAAUGUCCCUCACCGAAUUGAAAAGAGACAUUGUGAGGCAUGGAAUCUGUGUACUCUAUUUGGGAUUCUAUUGGGCUACCCCUCCACAUACUGGUUUGACCAGAGCAGGAGCUUUGAGAACUGCCUAGCUAUGUCUCCGCUGGUGGUGACCAAGGCUGUGGCAUCCUGGCAGGGUGGUGGUUCUGGAGUUGAGGGUCACAGGUGUUGCCUGUAUUCCUUCAGCACCCCUGAGAUGUUGCAGGCAGAGAUUCUGUCAGUGAUGGCUAGCUGGACUACACAGCUUCAGGAACGAUUUCAGCAACAGACGAUCUUCUCUGACCUCAGUGUAACAAGAUCAACUGUCACCUUACCUUCUGUGGCUCUAUGAUUAUAAUGGCACUUUGUGGAUGGAUAUUGUAUGAAAAAUGUGACGGUAUUUGUAUUUUGGAUAUUGUCUGUAAAACAAUUGAUAAGCAAACAUUGAAGCAGUUGUUCAUGUUUCCAAACUGAUUUACAUAAUCAAUUUGGAAACACAAUUUAUUUAAAACAAAUGCAUUUGUGAGGGAAGUUUACACCAAUGACUACAUCAAGCUUGUGGCUACAAACUUGUUGGAUGCGUUGCAUUUUGUUUUGGUUGUGUUUCAGAUUGUUUUGCCCAAUAGGAACUGAAUGGUGAAUAAUUAAUAUUGUUUCAUUUUGGGGUCACUUGUAAAUAAGAAUGUGUUUCAGAACACUCCUACAUGAAUGUGUAUGCUACCAUGAUUAGGAGUAAUCAUGAAUAAAUUGUAAAUGAUGAGUGAGAGAUUAAGAGGCACAAAGAUCAUGAUCUUUAUUCCUGAUUUUGGGGGAAUUUCAUUUUUUAUUUAACUAGGCAAGUCAGUUAAGAACAAAUUCUUAUUUACAAUGAUGGCCUACCCCGGCCAAACCCUAACCCGGACGACACUGGGCAAAUUGUGCACUGCCCUAUGGGACUCCCAAACACGGCCGGUUGUGAUACAGCCUGGAAUCGAACCAGGGUCUGUAGUUACACCUCUAGCACUGAGAUGCAGUGCCUUGGACCACUGUGCCACUCAGGAGCCCAAAAUAGUAUAAUAUGAUCAUCAUUAUUCAUGAUUAUCUGUAAUCAUGGUAGAAUCCACAUUAGUGUUCAGAAACAUUCUAUUAUUUUUUACCAUAAGUGACUAUACAUUAUUCGCCAUUCACUUCCUUUUGGGCAAAACAAUCUGACACACAACCAAAACAAACUGCAUAUGCAUCCAACAAGUUUGUAGAGUCACAAGCUUGAUGUAGUCAUUGUGUGCUAGGAGUAUGGGACCAAGUACAAAUUACUUUUUCAAAUGGGUGGACUAGAUGCAUAAAAUGCCUUCAUUUCUAAACAAUAACAUAUUUAUGAAAAUACCCUCAAAUUAAAAGCGACAUUCUAUACUGUCGGCUCAUAUGAAACAUUUGAUCUCAAAUCCAAAAUUCUGGAGAGUUUAUACUAGUUAGAUAAAAUGGUGUACAGGCUAAAGGCGUAUGCUUCUCAGCCUAAACAGUUCGGUAGAGUUCGCGUCUAGAUUGACAUUUUGUGACGUUUUUUGUUUGUUUUGGACUUCGGUGAGUUUUUUUUAUUUGUGCUGUUUUGGGUGCACAAUUCUUUUCUGGAAGCAAGCCGAAGUUCUGUGCUGAAGUCUUACGCCCCUUCAUCGGUGAUUGGUCAACAGUAAGGAUUCUUCACUCUUUGUUGUCAUUCAAAACAAUGCAACUCGUUUUCAUGCACAUUGAAUAAUACUGCACCUGACAUGUAAUCAGUUAGAUGUAAAAUUGUGUGACUAAUCUCUUUGGCAAAAAUGUAAAAAUUAAUGAAAGCUU